ACCCCUCUAUAAAUACAUCGCACACGCAGCAAAACAAAGGACCCUCACUGCCUGCCACGCCGAGAAGCGACGCGAGGAUGUCUCAAACAGCACUGCUCUGUUGCUGUACUCUCCUGCUACAGGCGUCUUGGACUUUUGGUUCAGGUCUGAGAUAUAGCAACUUGGGUAAGGAGGGGAGUCAGCAGUCUGUGGAAACUAAUUUUCAGAGAUUCACCAGAGAUGAGGAACAGAGUGAUGUGAAUGUGACCAGGGACACCCAUGACUACUACAGAUCCACCUACUACCCUCCCUCUCAUGACAUGGUGGGUGUCCUCUGGCAGGACCUGGCCUCCAUGCUGGACAGUGGUGCAGUGGUAGACCAUUUCACUGACUCCCAGCUCUCUGAUCUACACAGAUACUAUGAGGUUCGUGACUUGAAGUUUCGAUUCCCGUUCUACGGCCACAUCCUGGAGACGCAUAGCUGUCACCACUGGAGGGUUCCUGUACACUGGGGACUUGCUCCAUGACCAGGUGGCAGCCACUCAGUACAUUGCUCCACUACAAGCCGACUUUAACCCCAACCACACUGACACUGGCCGCGUCCUUGUCUUUAGCACCGAGGAAAGAUUCACAGUGCAGUGGGACAUGGUCCAUAACCACGACCACCUGAAUGAUGGACCGUUCACAUUUCAAGUCAGCAUAUUUCCAAGUGGAGAGAUUCAUUUUGUCUACAAGGAGGUUCCACUACUGCUGGAGGAUAUUGACAACGAAAAUCAUCCAGUUCAGGUCGGAGUCUCUGAUGCCUACUAUUUCUAUGAGAGGGUCCCCGAUGGUAUCCUGGUGAACAUAUAUGAGUAUGACAGAGUGUCUCUGGACAACAAUACAAACCUCACCAACAGUGCCUACAUCCUAUCUCCACUUCUCAACUGCAUAUCGGCCACCAGCUGUGAGCAAUGUUCCAACAUUUCCAAAGUCAGUGAUUUUGACUGUGGGUGGUGUGGUGCACUGCAGAGGUGCUCCGAUGGUAUUGACAGACACAGACAAGUUUGGUACAACUCUGGCUGUAAUCAGGAGCAACAGAGCAUGUGUAAGAAACCUACCACCAGUGCCACAUCUCCUUUUACCACCACCUCUACUAAUACCAACCUUCCACAAAGCACUGGAAGCCCCUCCUCCUCCACACUGACAACCUCGGCUAGAGCAGGGAUAGGAGCAGGGGUUAUUGUGGUGGUACUGCUAUCAGCAUUCCUUCUACUUGGUCUGGCUCUGUUCCUGUACGCCUACCGCAGACCGACAUCGAGAAUGGGACAGUUUAUCAUCAAGCAUCGGCCAAAGGCCCGGUCCCUCAACAAGAGCAGUAGUACCAGUUAUGACGUCUCUACAGAGAAGGCCACACUGGAGGAGGAGCUUCAGUAGUGCCAGUAUGGGAACAUUCUCCGUGCACCAGACAGCACUAUAAUGUCGUAUAUACGCUCCACAUUAUUUGUGUGUUGAUUUUUAACCACAUCUUUUUAAGUAUCCAUGACUAUCGUUUAGUGUUAACACGAUC